AAAGAGAAAACCCGUUGCUGCUCUCCUUCUGCUCUCUCUCUCUCUCUCUCUGUAAGAUUUGUGCGUCUUCAUUUCUCUCUCUAGGAUUUGGUACAAGACCGUCUCGCAUUUCUGUUUCUCUCUCUAAGGUUUCAAUCUGAAACCCUAGAAUCGAGUCACAGUUCCAGAGGUCUCUGUAACAUUUUUUGUCUUUCCAUUUCUCUCUCAGGGCUACUGUUGCAUUCUAAUUUCUCUUUCUACGGUUUCACUCAAAUUCCCUAGAAUGGAGUCGUAAUCUGCUCUUUUAGUGCUUCUUGUUCUAGUUUUGUGAGGUGUUUUAGCUUGAUUUCCUCUUCCUCUGGGCUUAAAGGACCCCCUUUAAUGGAUGCCACUGAAAAUACAUCAGAUAAGGAUUCUACUCAGUGUGUCAAGGUCGCUGUAAAUAUAAGACCUCUCAUCAAUAGUGAGAGGCUUCAAGGAUGCAAGGACUGCAUCUCUGUGAUACCAGGAGAGCCUCAGGUUCAAUUAGGCAACCAUGCCUUUACAUUUGAUCAUGUCUAUGGUAGCAUGGGAUCUCCAUCCUCUGCCAUAUACGGGGAAUGUGUAGCCCCCCUCGUUGAUGCACUGUUCCAUGGCUACAAUGCCACAGUUCUUGCUUAUGGUCAGACUGGCUCUGGGAAGACUUACACAAUGGGCACCAGUUAUUCAGGGGACACGGGAAAUGAGGGAAUUAUACCGAAGGUCAUGGAAAGUAUUUUCGAGAAAGUUGACGAGCUGAAAAGCCAGAGAGAGUUUCUGAUACGAGUUUCGUUUAUUGAGAUUUUUAAAGAGGAGGUGCAUGAUUUGCUUGAUCCUUCUUUGUCGGCUCCUGUGAAAGCUGAUGGGUUUGGUCCUGGAAAGAUUUUGGUGCCUCCCAGGGUUCCUAUUCAAAUAAGGGAAACUGCCAAUGGAGGAAUCACACUUGCUGGUGUGACUGAGGCAGAAGUGCGAUCCAUAGAUGAAAUGGCAUCCUACUUGGCUCAAGGCUCAAUGUGUCGUGCAACGGGAAGUACGAAUAUGAACAGUGAAUCUAGUCGUUCGCAUGCGAUAUUCACCAUCACGAUGGAGCAAAAAAGAACGGUAUCUUACUCGAAUGGUCCUGUUAUGGAGGAUGAUGGUUGUGAUGACUUUUUGUGUGCAAAGCUUCAUUUGGUGGAUUUGGCUGGGUCAGAACGUGCUAAAAGGACUGGAGCAGAUGGGUCACGUUUUAAAGAAGGUAUUCAUAUUAAUAAAGGUUUGCUAGCAUUAGGAAAUGUUAUAAGUGCUUUAGGUGAUGAGAAAAAGAGGAAGGAAGGUGGGCAUGUCCCUUAUCGUGACAGCAAGCUAACUCGAUUACUACAGGAUUCUCUAGGUGGAAAUAGCAAAACUGUUAUGAUCGCUUGUGUUAGCCCUGCUGACACAAAUGCUGAAGAAACACUAAAUACAUUGAAGUAUGCAAAUCGUGCUCGUAAUAUUCAGAACAAGGCAAUUAUAAAUCGUGAUCCUAUGGUGGCUCAAAUGCAACGAAUGCGCCUUCAGCUAGAACAGUUACAGGCCGAGUUGCUUUAUUCUCGUGGAGAAGGAGUUCCAUUUGAGGAACUGCAGGUUCUUCGACAUAAAAUCUCUGUCCUCGAGGUAAGCAAUACAGAAUUGCAGCAAGAGCUUCAAGAGACUCGCAUAACAUGUGAUCGUUUAGCUCGGAAUGCCAUUGAUGCCCAAGUAGAGAAAGAUCAGCUACUUGUGAAAAUGGAGUCAGUUCGUAAUGGGAAGUCUUGGGACGAGGUAGAAGAUGAUACCAAAAUGCAGGAUUUUGAUUUAAUGAAGUCCUAUGUUGUAAAGAUCCAAGAGUUAGAAGGGGAGGUGCAGCGCUCCCAGAGCUUAAUGAAUUCCCAGAAAUUGACAGGUCCUGUCCGCGGUGGCUUUAUGGAUUGCCUUGAAUUAGAAGAUGAAAGGUUCCUUCCAAAAGAUGCUUUGGACCCAACUGAAAUUCCAUCUAUCUGUGGUUCUAAAAGCAGUGCAGAUUCUGGCGAAGUAGUAGAGGUCCAGAAGGAAUUGGAACAUUCAACAAUACAGGAUACAUUGGGCCGUGAACUCCAGGAACUGGACAAACGUCUUGAGCAAAAAGAGGCUGAAAUGAAACUCUUUGCUAAGGCUGAUACAACAGUACUUAAGCAGCAUUAUGAGAAAAAAUUAAUGGAGUUAGAGCACGAGAAAAAGGCCUUAAUGAAUGAGAUGGAGCAUUUGAGAUCUGAGCUGGCAAAUAUGUCAUCAGCUUCUGAUGACAAUACCCAAAAGUUGAAGGAAGAAUAUCUUCAAAAGCUGAAUAGACUCGAAGUUCAGGUCAUGGAAUUGAAAAAAAAGCAAGAGGCCCAAUCUCAACUUUUAAGGCAAAAGCAAAAAAGUGAUGAAGCUGCAAAGCGUUUGCAAGAAGAAAUUCAAAGAAUAAAGUCACAAAAGGUUCAACUUCAACAUAAGAUCAAGCAAGAGUCUGAGCAGUUCCGAAUGUGGAAAGCUUCAAGGGAGAAGGAAGUUUUGCAGCUAAAGAAGGAAGGGAGGAGAAAUGAGUAUGAGAUGCAUAAAUUGUUAGCUUUGAACCAAAGACAGAAAAUGGUUCUCCAACGAAAGACUGAAGAGGCUUCAAUGGCCACAAAGCGGCUGAAGGAGCUAUUGGAGGCCAGGAAGGCUUCUUCUCGAGAAGUUGGUGGUGGAAAUGGGAAUGGUCCUGGAGCUCAGGUAAACGAGAAGGCACUGCGACAAGCAAUUGAGCACGAACUGGAGGUUAUGGUCCAUGUGCAUGAAGUUCGAACUGAAUAUACACGGCAAAUGGAAGCGAGGGCUGCCAUGGCCAAGGAGCAUGCUAGGUUAGAGGAAGAGGCUGAGACCUUAAAGCAGAAUCUGAUGAGUGAUUGUCCUCAAGCAAUGUCACCCGGUGCAAGAACUUCGAGGAUUUUAGCACUCGAGAAUAUGUUGACUACAUCAUCCAGUACUCUUGUGGCUAUGGCAUCGCAGUUAUCAGAAGCUGAGGAGCGGGAGCGUGUUUUCGGAGGCCGUGGUCGUUGGAAUCAAGUUCGCUCAUUGGGUGAUGCAAAGAACCUGCUGAAUUAUUUGUUCAAUAUUGCUUCUUCUGCAAGACCUGUCUCUCUCUCUCUCAAACAAUUCACAUGGUGUCCCCUACCUCAGGCACCGCGUAUAUCUCAGAUGUUUGCCUACAGUGGGAACGUCACUGACCUGUUGGAGGAGGACAUGGACACUUCAGAGUCCGACAUUUCUGAUGAAUCAGAUAAAGAGUGGGGAGAAUCGGACUGGUCUGGUAAGAGGCGUCCUAAGAAAAACCGGGCCCCUAAACCGAGUGGAAAACAAUGCAUGACCUCAACACAAGAGCCCUCACCGUCGGAUGCUUCAAACCCUCAAGAGAGAGUGAAUGAAACAGGAAGUUCACUUGAGAUAGACAAUGAGAAUCCCCCACUUUCUAUCUUCACGAGUUGCUGCUCCUGUUCUCGUGCAUCUCAAUGCAAGACAAAGAAAUGCGAGUGCAGGGCCAAUGAGGGACUCUGUAGAGAGGGUUGUGGGUGCAACUUAGCAAGGUGCUCAAAUAGAGUUGGUGGGGUUGUUGAGGAGGGAGGGGCCUCUCCACCUGAGGAGAUGGAUGAGGAGGCUGAGAAGAGAGCGGAGAUGGCUGCCCAUGGAGCAGUGCUGUUGCAGAGUGCGCUCAAGGAGGCAGUGGUUGAGCCGCCGGUUGGUGGCCAAGGGAGGCGACCGCUCAUGGAUAUAGGCAAUGUGGCGGCUGACCCAAAAGCUCCCAAGCCAAACCAAAGGAAGAAGUGGCACAAAUCGGUGGUCCAACUCGUUACCACCACCCCAAAUCCGCCUGAUAGUCAUCAGACGACUGAGACUCAUGAACCAAACAACGCAAGAGAAACCAUUGGCCCCAAUCUUCCCCCGCUAAAGCUUCCUCGAGCAAUGCGGUUACCUGGGGCCCCUUUGAGAGAGAGGAACUUGGGCCCAGAUGAAGAGCAUCUUGGGCCCAACCGUCCAACAAGAGAUUCAGAUGAGAAGGAAAACAAGCAGACCUAACUAAUCCCUGUUGGUUUGUGCUUCAUGUCUGAUUUCCACCAUGUUGUGGUUUUAUUCUUUUGGUGGUCUACACGGUUAUCGGGGCUGAUAAUCUGGUUUGCGGGAGCCAGCAGCUUGCUAGUUCAAUCAUUAUAUUCUUUGUUGUCCUUUUUCCUUUCUUUGCUUUGAAAUUCACGGAAUUGGAAUGGGAAAUUGGGACAGCUUUGUUUGGUUCUUCAUUGAAUUAAUAUAUCUUUUGAGCAAGUUGUUUC